UAGCACGUUGUGAGGAACUUGUGCUGUUUGUUUAUUUGAAUUAAAGUUUACAAUUGUUUAACAAAAUGGCAAAACCACCGUACAAGGCGCAAAAUAAGCGCCCAGGGCGGUAUUUUGAAGCCAACGGUGAGCAGGGCGAUGCCAAGCCUGUAAAACUAAAGCGGAAGGGUCACCAAAACUUUACAGGCGAUCUGAUCAAGAUGCAGUCACAUUAUAAACUAAAGAAACCGCACAAUGAGGCAAAGACAAAAGCAAAUCCUGAAAAAGAAAAGAAGCAAAAGAUACCACAAGAGACAUUGGAUAAAUAUUCACGCGGUGCGGCAGUAGAGCGUCGCGGUGUUAAGACGCGUCAUUUUAAAGGCCAGCAGGAGCGCAAGGAGGUGUAUCUAGAGUAUGCAACACAGCAGGCAGCACGCACAGAAAUGCUGCUGCAGGAGUCAGAAGGUGUGCUGGAGCCGGAUGAGGAGGAGGUGACAGCCGGCUACCGUCAGUCGGAGAUUGCAAAUAAUGUGGACUUGCAGUCCGCGGCUAAACAUUUCCAGCUCAAACUAGACUUUGGUCCAUACACAAUGCGCUAUACGAAGAAUGGCAGGCAUUUGCUGCUAGGUGGUAGGCGUGGUCAUAUAGCCGCCUUCGAUUGGGUAACCAAGAAGCUGCACUGUGAAUUCAAUUGCAUGGAAAGCAUCAGCGAUGUCCAGUGGCUGCAUGUGCCCACUAUGUAUGCGGUGGCGCAAAAGGAAUGGGUUUACUUUUACGACAAGAAGGGCACCGAGCUGCACUGCGUCAAGCGUUUGAAUCGCAUUAAUCGUAUGGACUUUUUGCCCUAUCAUUUCCUCUUGGCUACCGCCAAUAGCAGAGGCUUUGCCUCAUGGCUGGACGUGUCCAUUGGCGAGCUUGUGGGCAACUUCAAUACUGGGCUAGGCGACAUACGUAUAAUGCGGCAUAAUCCAAGCAAUGGUGUGCUCUGCAUAGGCGGUGGUAAGGGCGUUGUGUCCAUGUGGUCGCCCAAGGUGCGCGAGCCAUUGGCCAAGCUGCUCUGCCAUACAACGUCGAUGACUGCGCUUACCGUAGAUCCCAAGGGUCAGCAUUUGAUUACUGCUGGCCUGGAUCGCGCUGUCAAGGUCUGGGACAUACGCAUGUUGACGCCAACGCCGCUGGCGAGGUUCAAUCUACGUUUGCCUGCCAAUGAGGUGGAGGUGUCACAACGUGGCAUGUUGGCGCUCUCCCAGGGAACCUAUUUGGAGACGUAUACGGAUAUUUUGAUCGGCGGCGGCACUGCCGAUCGCCAGAAGUUGCCCUAUCUGCGUCAGCGUUGUGAUGCUCCCGUUAGUGGCAUGCGCUUCUGCCCCUAUGAGGAUGUGCUCGGUGUCGCCACAUCACAUGGCUUCCAAUCGCUGCUGGUGCCCGGCUGUGGUGAGCCCAACUACGAUGCCUUGGAGGAUAAUCCAUUUGAGACGAGCAAGCAGCGACGCGAGCAUGAAGUGCAUGCGCUUUUGGAGAAAAUACCACCAGAGCUGAUAACGCUGGAUCCGCAACAAAUCACGGGCGUGGAUGCGCCCACGUUGCAGGAGAAGGUCGAUGCCAAGCGUCAGCUGUUCCAUCUCAAACCGCCGCGCAUUGACAUGAAGCCACGUCACAAGAUGAAGGGCCGUGGCGGCAGCGUUAAGACGGCGCGCAACAAGCAAAUCGUCAAGGAUCUACAGCGCAAGGAGUUCAUUAGCGAAGUGCGCAAGGCCAAGCAGAGCGUCAUUGCUGCCCACAAGGAUACAAGUAAUGCUAAUGAUAACAAUGAGCCUCAAGUCAAGCAGCCCAAGCCAAAGCGCAGCGUCUUGGAUCGCUUCAAUCCCAAGCCUAAGAGGAAGUAAGCUCGUAGCUCAGCUUAAUCAUGUACAUAAAUCAUGUGCUGCGUGUUUAGUUAAAAAAAUUACAUUUUUUUUGUGUAUAAAACAUU